AACGCAUACAUGCCAGGUGGAAUUACUCUAGUAACUUGAUAUAGACCUUUCCACAUUGGCCUAAGCACUCGUAUAGUCAAAUCUCGAGUAUUCCAACAACAUACAAAAGGAAAGGACAAACACGCCUCCAGGUAGCUUCAUCUCUUUUCUUCACUGAAUUCACGCAGAAUCACCGUACUUAAAAGGAUAGUUUAUCUUUACUUAACCGUUACAAAAGUCGGGGAUUUAACCAUCGACAUGUAUUUUUCAUUUCCAAAAAGAAAAGAUGAAGGAAAGGAAAUGAUUGAUUUUGGCAAUCAAAUAAAGCAAGGAUUGUGACGUUUAGAGUGAGGCAAUAAUGGUAAGGUCUUUCAUGGGAUCCGACGAGAAGAAAAGGAUGGAACACUUUGAGCCUCAAAACCAAAUAAUAACCCUAAUCUCCAUUUCUUCAUGACUCCACGUGUCCCCUUCUCCUUUAUCCCUCCAUCCCUUAAUUUCAUCACUUUCAUGGACAAACCCCAGAACCUUCCACCCUCCAUUUCCCCCCCCCUCUCUCUCCUCCUUUUUGUCUCAAUUCCCUCAUAUAACUUUCUCUCUCCCCCAAAAUACCCUUCUCCUCUCAUACCCUCCCUCAUGUCCACAAGGUCAUUUCAGUCAUUUCCCCACUUGAAAUCAGCUCGUUUUCAUGGGCAUGGAAGAGCUAGAAGGACCACUAUAAAAGAAACAGAACAUGGCAGCUCUGUGUACUUGCUUACUUAACCCAAAUCCCCCAAAAAUCUCUCGUUUUCAAGAGAAAAGCUCUCAUUUUGGUGAUUCCCUUUCAAAAUGGAGAAUAGGGUUGAAGCCAUAAACAUGGAUUCAUAUGAAAGUUUGGAUCUUGAUAGAACAUCAUCAACAAACAAUAAUGUUGAGAGGUUGAAAAGGAUGGUGAAGUUCAUAGUGUCAAUUUGUGUGUUUUCUUUGGUUUUGGCAUUGUUUUUUUCCUUCUUCUCUCUCUUCCCUCAUUCAUUUACUGUCUAUUUCUCCACUUUCCUCUUCUCUCUCCUCAACCAUGGCAUGGAGAGAAAGUUCAUGUUCUUGAUCUGUAAUGGAAUCCUGUUUCUUCUUGCCACUUCCUCUGUUCUUCAAGAUUCUUCUCCUUCAUCUUCUUCUUCUUCUUCUUCCUCCUCUUUUGGGUAUUCUUCAUUUUCCCAUUCUGUUCAUCAUGAUCAAUUUGAACAUGAUCUUGUGGCUGAUGCCUCUGAUGGGUAUGAUUCUGAUGAGUCAGAAGAACAAGAACAUGAAGAACAUGAAGAUGAACAUGAAGAUGAACAUGAAGAUGAACAUGAAGAUGAACAUGAAGAUGAACAUGAAGAUGAACAUGAAGAACAAGAAGAAGAUGAAGAAGAUGAAGGGUGUUUUACAGAGGAGGUUGAAGAAGAAGAGGAGGAAGAAGGAAAAAGGAGGGAUUUAGAGGUGGUGGUGAGUACAGAAGAAUUGAACAAGAAAAUAGAAGAGUUUAUAAGGAAAAUGAAGGAGGAAAUGAGGAUUGAAGCAGCUCAAACUCAGCAGCUCAUUGCAGUGUAA